AUGUCUGAAAAGUUAUCCUUUAAAGACAGGGUUGUCGUAAUUACUGGUGCUGGAGGAGGACUAGGUAAAGUUUAUGCGCUAGCUUACGCAGCAAGAGGCGCUAAAGUGGUUGUUAAUGAUUUAGGCGGCACUUUGGGUGGUUCAGGACACAAUUCGCGAGCUGCAGAUUUGGUAGUGGACGAAAUUAAAAAAUCUGGCGGUGUUGCAGUAGCAAAUUAUGAUUCCGUUAAUGAAAACGGAGAAGGAAUCAUUCAAACUGCCGUUAAAGAAUUUGGAAGAGUUGAUGUCUUGAUUAACAAUGCUGGGAUACUAAGAGAUGUGUCUUUUGCAAAGAUGACAGAAAGUGAAUUCGCAUCAGUGGUGGAUGUACAUCUGACUGGCGGCUAUAAGCUUUCAAAGGCCGCUUGGCCUCAUAUGCGUUCUCAAAAGUUCGGCAGGAUUAUCAACACUGCUUCCCCAGCAGGACUAUUUGGGAAUUUUGGUCAAGCCAAUUAUUCUGCAGCUAAAUUGGGGCUCGUUGGUUUGGGCGAGACCCUCGCGAAAGAGGGGGCUAAAUAUAACAUCAAUGUUAAUUCAAUCGCACCAUUGGCAAGAUCAAGAAUGACAGAAAAUGUCUUACCACCACAUAUCCUAAAGCAAUUGGGACCAGAAAAAAUUGUCCCAUUAGUACUCUACUUAACGCAUGAAUCCACAAAAGUAUCAAACUCUAUUUUUGAACUUGCUGCUGGAUUCUACGGACAGAUUAGAUGGGAAAGAUCUUCAGGACAAAUUUUCAAUCCUGAUCCUAAAACGUAUACGCCGGAAGCUAUUUUGAAUAAAUGGGAAGAAAUAACUGAUUUUAAGGAUAAACCAUUUAACAAAACUCAACAUCCGUUCCAACUCUCAGACUAUAACGACCUUAUUACUAAAGCUAAAGAAUUGCCCAAAAAUGACCAAGGCUCUGUCAAAAUCAAUUCGCUUCGCAAUAAAGUUGUAAUUAUUACCGGCGCAGGAGGUGGUCUCGGAAGGUCACAUGCUCAUUGGUUUGCCCGCUACGGUGCAAAAGUGAUUGUGAAUGACAUUAAAAAUCCAUUCACAGUUGUUGAAGAAAUCAACAAAUUGUAUGGCGAAGGAACAGCCAUUCCAGAUUCUCAUGAUGUAGUUACUGAAGCUUCGCUGAUUAUUCAAACUGCAACUAAUAAAUUUCAGAAAGUGGAUAUUUUAGUUAAUAAUGCUGGUAUUUUGCGCGAUAAAUCCUUUUUGAAAAUGAGAGAUGAAGAUUGGUUUUCCGUUUUGAAGGUUCAUCUAUUCUCUACAUUUGCGUUAUCAAAGGCAGUGUGGCCAAUAUUCACCAAACAAAAGUCAGGAUUUAUUAUCAACACUACCUCUACCUCGGGAAUUUAUGGAAAUUUUGGGCAAGCUAACUAUGCUGCUGCAAAAGCCGCUAUCUUAGGUUUCAGUAGAACAAUUGCUUUGGAAGGUGCCAAAAGGGGAAUCAUAGUCAACGUUAUUGCUCCCCAUGCUGAAACCGCCAUGACCAAAACUAUCUUCUCAGAAAAGGAACUAUCGAAUCAUUUCAACGCAUCCCAGGUCUCUCCAUUAGUUGUUUUAUUGGCAUCUGAGGAACUACAGAAAAGUUCCAAAAAAUCAAUCAAUGGUCAAUUGUUUGAGGUUGGCGGUGGUUGGUGUGGACAAACUAGAUGGCAAAGAAGCUCUGGUUACGUCUCUAUAAAUGAAAUCAUUGAACCGGAGGAAAUUAAGGGAAAUUGGCAGCAGAUAACCAAUUUUAGCAGUAACACCAUUAAUCCGAGCUCUACGGAGAAUUCCUCAAUGGCAAUUUUACAGGCUGUACAAAAGGCACACACUUCAAAGGAUUCCAGUGACGGAGUGUUCAAAUUUACUAGCAAAGACUGUAUCCUAUAUAACUUAGGACUCGGCUGUACGAGUAAAGAGCUGAAGUACACCUAUGAAAAUGAUCCAAGCUUUCAGGUUUUGCCUUCGUUUGCUGUUAUUCCGUUUAUGCAAGCUACUGCUACAUUAUCCAUGGAUAAUUUGGUCGAAAACUUUAAUUAUGCAAUGUUAUUGCAUGGGGAGCAAUAUUUCAAGCUUUGCGCCCCAAGGUUUCCAACUAGUGGAUCAUUGAAAACAGUUGCUAAACCUUUACAGGUUCUCGAUAAGAAUGGUAAAGCAGCUGUAGUAGUCGGUGGUUUCGAAACUUAUGACGUCAAAACCAAAAAACUGAUAGCGUAUAAUGAAGGGACAUUCUUCAUCAGAGGUGCACAUGUAUCCCCAAAAAAGCAAAUAACGAAUGGAAACAGAGCAAGGUUUGCCAUUCAACCAUUUAAAGCACCACAUGGAAAAGCACCAGAUUUUGAGGUAGAAAUUUCUACGAAUAAGGAUCAAGCGGCACUGUAUAGGUUAUCUGGGGAUUUGAAUCCGUUACACAUUGACCCAGCAUUAGCCAAGGCAGUAAAGUUUCCGGCACCAAUCCUACAUGGUCUUUGUACCUUAGGUGUUAGUUCAAAGGCAUUAUUUGAACAUUAUGGUCCAUACGAGGAGAUGAAAGUAAGAUUUACCAACGUUGUUUUCCCAGGUGAUACCUUAAAAGUCAAGGCUUGGAAAGAAGGUGCAAUCGUUAUAUUCCAAACUAUUGAUACGACCAGAAAUGUUGUUGUCUUGGAUAACGCUGCCAUUAAACUAUCACAAGCAAAAUCUAAACUAUAA